GGAAUGAGAUGUGGGCAAGCGUGUACGCUAUUAAUGGUUUGUGAACAUCCCCGUUGAAUUCAAUUUCCACUUUUGAACGGGUUCUUCACAGGAGAAGAGAUUGGUAAACAUGAGUUUUCGUUGAAUUUUUGCGCCAACCGCACUAUAAUUGGCUACAGGCCAAGAAAUGAUGGGCGUGAUUUAAAUGCUCUGAAUCAGAUAACAUGCUAUUCGGAAUUCAGGUUUACGGAGAAGCCGUACGAAGAAGAAGAAGCCCGAGCAAUGGAAGUAAGGAGAAUGACGGCGCAGUCGCUGGUUAACAGGCUAAGAUCCGUAUCAGAAGAUACCCAAAAGCAGGCGGCCCGUGAGCUGCGGCUGUUGGCGCGGAGGGAUGACGAGAAUCGCGGAUGCAUUGCAGGGGCGGGCGCAGUGCCUUCCCUGAUAGAGCUGCUAUACUCCACAGACACAGAGCUGCAAGUGAAUUGUAUCACAGCGUUGCUGAAUCUGUCAAUUUAUGGACCCAACAAGGAGGCAAUAAUGUCCACCCGCGGAGCCCUAGACGCGAUCGUGCAUGUCCUGAAGUUGGGGCAGAGCAUGGAGGCUAAGCAGAACUCGGCCGCAGUGAUCUUUAGCUUGAACACGGUGGAGAAUUACCGGGCCAUCUUUGGGGAUCGGCCGGCUGUUGUGAGAGGGCUUUUGGAUCUCAUUCGGAUGGGGAACCCAAAGUGUACCAAGGAUGCCCUAAAAGCCCUCUUUCAUUUGGCGCUUCACCCGUUAAAUAGAUCCAAAAUGGUGUCCGCCGGCGUUGUAGCCGUGCUCUUUUCGCUGGUGAUGAAUUCCUCCAUGGGCCUCGUCGAGGACGCCACCGCUGUCCUUGCCCAGAUUGCUGCCUGCAGUGAGAGCGCACAAGGGUUUCAAAAGGUUUUCGGAGUUCAGGUUUUAUUGGAUCUGUUGGACACAGGAUCUCCCAGGGCUCAAGAAAAUGUGGCAUCUGCAUUGCUCAAUUUGGUCCAAUGCGGUGGGGAAUGUGUUGUGGCUGAUAUCUUGGACACGGAGACAGCCGUGACCCUCCUCAGUGACUUGCUUGACACAGGGACGCCCCGAUGUAAGAGUAAAGUGAGCAGCCUUUUGAAACUUUUGGGUGCACGUGAAAGGCGGCCCAUGAGUGCAGCAUUUUGAACUCAAUGGAAGGUGUUCACCUUUGAUUUAUCAUAUUCAUUUGUCUGUAAAUUGUAUAUUUAGCAUUUCUGGUGAAACCUGGAUUCAGGAUUUCUUCAGCUUCUUUGAUAGCAAUUUGAAUUGUGGAAGAUUGAGUUUCUUCACUUGUACUUUGUACACACUAAUGUGGUGUGUUUUCUGGGUACUUUCGGGGAGAAAAAGAUGGUAAGUGUAUCGAUCACAAAGGUCUUUACCACAGACUCUUGAUUGAUUGUGCAUUGAUGAUGUAACUGUAAUUGUGGAAGUCAAUUAUCAGCCUCGAGCCUUUCUUGAUUAAGCACCUUGCAAGAAAUCCUUACUUUGAUGAUAAGAAAUCCCUACUUUGAUUACAAUUACCUCUCUUAGGUUUCAAAUCAAUGUCAGGAUGGCCACAAUUGUAACAUUCCAGUUGUAAAUUAUAUGGGCAGAUUUUGAUAUGCUACCAAAUUACUUCAAUACAGUGCCAGCUCCACGAAAAAGCCUCAAAAGGCCAACGUUGGUAUAGAUUUACUUGA